AUGAGACACCUCGGAGGAACAGCCCCCCCUCCCCGCGCCGCCGCCGCCGCCACCGCCCCCCGCCCGCGCUGCGGCCCGGCCCGAAACGAAAAGACAAUUUACCCAUCACUGAGUCUCUGCUGUUUCCUCGCAUACAUUACCAUCAAUGCCCGGCCUGUGAGUGUGUGUCGGGGGAGGGGGAGAGCGGCCGCGAGAGGCGGGCGGGCGGGCGCGCAGGCGGCGGGCGGGCGGCAGCACCGGCACCAGGGCCCGACGCGCCCUCGGCGACUCUCAGCACCUCCCCGUUACUGGCGCCGGCGUUCCCGGGCCAUCUCCCUCCGCCGACACCACGCUCACUCUCAGCCCAGGCAGCCGCGCCAACUACACGGCGGCAGCGGCGAACGGGGGGAGGGGGGGCAAGAAGACGCGUCCGGCUCUGCCCCGCGGAGAGCUACUGCCUCCUCCGCCUUCUCUUCCUCCUGCUCCUCCGCCUCCUCCCCUCCUCCCCCCGUCGCCGCCGCUGCCUGGUCCUUCGCCGCCGCCUCCUGCCGCCGCCGCCGCCGCCGCUGGUGCCGCCGCUGCCGCUCCACCAACUACAUCCGGGCAACUCGGACGCCGCGGCCUUCGGAAAACCUCGGCAGUUUCCGCCGCGCCCCUCCUCUCCCACCCUCUGCCUUCCUCCCCGCCCCGCGCGGCUCCGGAACGCCGCCUUCGGCAAACCUCGGCUCGGCCCGGCCUUCCUCUUCCUCUGAGGCCUGGCUCGCCUCCUCGCGACCCGUCAGCUCUUUCCGUUCCUCCAACUCGCCGAAGCCUUUUGGUGAAAGAGCGCUCAUUGCGUCGGAGGUUCUGCAUGUGAAUAAAGGCACCGGGGGUGCGACGCGGAGCUGCGACGAGUUGGAUUUUAUAGACCGCGGCGGGCACAAAGAAAAAGGUAAAAGAGGAAACAAGCCAGAAGAGAGAAGAUCCCACCAAACACCAGUAUCAAAAAAGGAACCGACUGAUUUGGUAUCCCACAAGUUAACGUUACUGCUGGGCCUAAUGAAGAGAAGAGAAGGAGAGAGAGAGCAUACAAAAGCAGGGGAGCUGCAAGUGGAAGGAGCAGGUUCCCUGCCAAAUAAGGAACAUGAUGUGGGGAGUCAAUCCCAGGACUCUGGGGUCAUGAUUGGAGCUAAAGACAGAUGCUUAACCAGAAAUUGACAAGUUGACACUGGAAUUAAUAUGGAAUAACAAGAGAUUCCCCCAACAGUCUUAAAAAGGAACAAAUCUAGAGGACUCAUUGUAGUAAAUUUAAAACUUACUACAGGGGCAUCUGGAUGGAUAAGUUAGUUAAGUUGCCACCUCUUGAUUUUGGCUCAGGUCAUGAUCUCAGGGCUGUGAGAUCAAGCCCCCGUUGGACUUCAUGCUCAGUGCAGAGUCUACUUGAGAUUCUCUUUCUUCUCUCCCUUUGCCCUUCCACCCGCUUAUGCACUCUAACUAAAUAAAUAAAUCUUUUUAAAAACUUA